AUGAAGCCCAACGGCUCAAGAGCAUUCCUCAACCACCUUACCUUCCUGCUGCUCGGACCUUUGUACCACCUCCUGAACGAGCUGGAGCGCAAGCAGGCGGUAGAGAACGCCGUUGAGCUCGCAAAGCCCAAAUGCGGAUUGGUGUUCUGCGCUUUCGUCAGCAGAGAAGCCCAUUUGAGAGACUUGGUCACUCGGGAACCGGAUAGACUUGUGAAGCAGAAGGACUUCUACGCUGCCUAUUUCAAAACUGGCCGAUACGAAAAAUUGAACGAAGCAAAUGUGGCCACAUCACAAUCAUUCCACACCAACAGCGACGAAAUACGACACUUCUUCCACAAGCACUUUUCAAACACACUCGAGAUGAUCAGCCUGCGCUCCACCGAGGGAAUACUCGGCGGCGGGCUCGACAAAGCUUUGAUCGACGCUGACGCAGAUGUCGUCCAGUCCUGGGCGGACUUGAUGUUUAAGGAGUAUUCUGAGAUGGAAAUGCACCUGUGAUGUGCCGACCAUCUGCUUGCCGUUCUGCGGAGAAAGUAGCUAAUCGCGUGGCAUGAGGUAAACCAGCGUCACGCGACCCACCGGUGAUCUGCAUACCCGUCUGUCAACAUUAUACUUGAUGUUCGCACGUAGCUCAAUCGAUUCUUACUCCUUCCCUGUUACUUUUGUUAGUCUGGAACUUCCUUGUAACAAUAGAGCAACAGGGCGAGAUCGUGGUGCACUAUACCAGCGUGGCAGUCCUGGGUGGCGUGCUAAUUCGGGAGGCCGCUCGCCAAUGCGGCACCCCUGAUAUCACUUUCACACCUCGCAUUAACGGCCGGAAAACCGGUCGAAAUAUAUUACGAAUAUUUCUGAAAACUCUUUAGAACCCAACAGGAUCGACUAUCCGAGUGGGUGUUUAGCCCACAAAUCUGCCUCGCCUUUUACGGCUCUCUUGCUUUAUACUACGGAACGAAAGCUCCGGGCUCGCGGACAAGAUCGUUCUCAAUGACACGACGGGCCGCGAUAGAUCUUUGGCUGGA